GAGGUGGGGGUAUAGGGCAGGUAGGAUAUGAAGGUGUGGUUGAAGGAAGGCUGUCCAGAGGACCAGGUGGGUGGGUUGCCACGUACAUAAGCGAGGGCGGGUGGAAGCUGAAGUGAGCUGCUCUCUACCUGGAGUCGCCUUCACGUCCACUGAAAUCGACUUCGUCCCGAACCUUUAACGGGAAGACUGUUGCCGAGGCUCGAAGGGAAUUUUCACCAGGUACGCAGCACACGCAGAGCACGCCCGUGUGUGUGUGUUGGUGGGUUCGUGUUGCAUGUUGUUGUUGUUGUCGCUGAGAGGUUGUUGUUGUUGUCGUUUUGUGUCCCGGCGUUUGUGUGCGCGCUUGUGGCGCGGUAUUUCGUGCGGUGCGCUGCCGCGGUCCCGGCAAUAAUCGCGAGUUCUGUUCCAGACCGAGUGGUAUCUGAACCGGUCCUGCGCGGCCACCUUAGGUCAACUCGACCUUAAACGAGUACCGUCAGUGAUGCACUAUGAGAACGUCAGCGCUGGUCAGAAUAUUUUUUUUUGUAUUUUAUUUUACCAGGUAAGGUGCACUGAGCUAUAGAGCUAUUUUUUUUGUAAAGCGAUCUGGCCACAAAAGAUGACUCAACGAAGUGGCUUGUAAUGUGUGAGAUUUAUAGCAGUCGCCAAAUACUCUGAACGCGUGAUGUUGAUUCUAAAUGAUGUGGAGGGAAAACCCGGAGGACUUCGGGGGUGGGGGGGGAAUCAACGCGUCCACGUGGAGAGAAAGAACACGAAAAUUCCAAAUAUACAUGCAUCAAGGUCGGAAUCGAGCCCACGACCUCUUGUAAACUUGGCGAGGUAGUUAACAUCUUGGCACCGAGGCGCGCCCAACAAAGACUUGCCACAGGCGCAGUGGCGUCUACAAACCAACUUGCCCCUACCGUGUGGCGUGCGGGGCUUUACAACACUUCCAUCAACAACAUGUGUAGCCUCUACGGGAGAUCCUUGUCUUAAAGGCGUUCAACGCUUUUAACGCGUGGGGAUUCAAGCGAACGUAUGGGGGGUGUUUUUUUUGUAAUGUGGUGGGCACAUUUUCAUCGAGAGGAGGACGAGCAUGACACUGUGUGUGAAUCUUGGCAACCCAGUUUUUUUAGCGAGUGUAAAAAAAAUAGACUGGCUCGUUUAGCCGCCAGACAACUAGCCUAGCCUGUUUGUCAGCGUCAUUUAAUGUUGUCGACGAUUAUUCCGUCUGCCCCUUACGAACUUUUUCCGCCAUAUCGUGCAACCGUGCCUCCCCACCUGGGCCUUCACAUCUAUUCCGAGGAACGACAGCCGACGACGAUGACGAAGCACGCGGGAGCCGUCCGCUUUCCUCCGCUGUCCCUCCUGCUGCCCGCGCUGCUGCUGCUGCUGCUGCCGUUGUCACCGGGACGGGGGGGCGCUGCGACGGCGGCGAAGGUUGCCGUCAUCCCACCCAUCAUGUUCGAGAGCCACCUGUACAUCUUCCAGCGGCUGGCAGGCGAGCUGCACGCGCGCGGCCACGACGUCGUCUUUGUGGUCUCGGAGGGCCGCGAGCUGCCGCCCUCCCCGCACGUGCGGCUCCACCGCUACCGGGGCCUCUUCUCGUCGCGCCAAGCCGACGAAUUCCUCCAGGAGAAGGUGCAGAACAUCUUCUCCGGCCGGCUGACGUCGCUGCAGCUGCUCUCCAUCCUGGAGCAGUACGAGCGCAACUGUGACGUCAUGGUGGGCGACCGUGACCUGCGGCGGCGCCUCGAGGCCGAGCGCUUCGACCUGCUGCUCAUUGACCCCAACGAGAUGUGCGGCUUCGUGUGGGCCCACCUGCUGGGCGUGCGCUACGCCGUCCUCUCCACGGGACUCUGGUUCCCGGCCGAGAUCGGCGCGCCGGCCCCGCUCGCGUACGUCCCCGAGUUCAACUCGGAGCUCACCGACGACAUGGGCCCGCUGGAGCGCGCUCGCAACGCCGUCGUCUACGCCAUGAGCCGCUUGGGCACGCACUGGCUCAUCCUGCCGCGCUUCGACGCCGUCAUCCGCAGGCACUGGCGAAGCGGCGGCGAGCGGAGGCCGGAGAAGGGGGAGGCGGCGGCGGCGGUGGCGCCGAUGCCGAUGGCGCAGAUUAUCGCCGGGACGGACUUCUGGAUGCUGUGCACGGACGCGGCGCUGGAGUUCCCGAGGCCGACGCUCCCGCACGUGGCCUAUGUCGGGGGAGUGCUCACGAAACCUGCGGGGCCGCUGCCCACGGACCUGGCGAGCUGGGCAGACGCCGCAGGUGACGUGGGAUUCGUGAUCGUCUCGUUCGGAGCGGGAGUCAAGUACCUGUCGGAGGAGCUGUCGCUCAAGCUGGCCGGAGCUUUCGCUCGCCUGCCCCACAAGGUGCUCUGGAGAUAUUUUGGGGAGAAGCCGCACAACCUGGGCAACAACACGCGCCUUGUGGAGUGGCUGCCGCAGAACGACUUGCUCGGCCACGUGGGCGUACGAGCCUUCGUGACCCAUGGCGGCCUGAACGGCGUGUACGAGGCGGUGUACCACGGCGUGCCCGUCGUCGGCAUGCCGCUGUUCGGCGACCACUACGACACCAUGACACGUGUGCACGCCAAGGGAAUGGGGCUCAAGAUGCACUGGGACCGCAUGACGCAGGACGACCUCUACAACGCGAUCGUUGACGUCACCUCGGUGCCCAGUUACCGUGAGCGUGCACAGGUGCUCUCCCACAUCCACCGCGACUACCCGGAGCACCCGGUGAACCGCACAGUCUACUGGGUGGAGUAUGUGAUCCGGCACGGCGGGGCGCCGCACCUGCGCGCGCGCCUCUACGCGUUCUCGACGCCCACCUACUGGCUGCUGGACGUCGCGCUGCUGUUUGCCGUCGCCGUCUACGCCUGCUACCGUCUCGGCUCGUGGGCCCUCUCCGUUUGCUGUCGGCGGCGGUGGCGGCAGCAGGCACAGCGGUCGCACGCGGCGCCUGGACAACGUGCGGCCAACGGGGCGCGUCACACUAACGGCGUCGCCUACACCAACGGAGUCCCGGCCAACGGGGUCUGUGGGCCCGCCGCCUCCUCCUCGUCGCGGUGCAAGAAGGCGGACUAAGGCAGCGGAGGGCCCGCCGGGCGGGGCUCUGCGUGCCGGCAAAGGGCUUAAUUUCUUCCAACUGUUAUUGUCGAGCAGGCGGCGCGUGGCUAUACGCAGUGUAGCCACGGCCAUGGCGAGAGAUGUUACUGGAUGUUGUCGUUGCCGGCCGCGGAAAUAUUUUCCAGGUCACCGAUGGACUUUGACGGACCCGGCUGAAAUGAAGCCCUGGGGCUGUGCGAGCCCUCUGUGUCACCAGAGACGGAACGAUGUGGUAAAUGAAAUUGAAGGGGGAGGUGUCGGAACGAACGUCGUUCGCUCUGGACUGACCGCGGGUUGUGGAGACCGAGCAGCGAAUUAAAGUUGGGUUACCGGAGUGUGAUGGGCAUUAAGUUUUUAUUUACUCGGCAGACUUCAAUUCAGAAUGAGCACGCCUUGAAAUGUUGGUGGCAAUUUCCUUCUUCCACCGCAGGCCCCCUUCCACCCAGCAGUAGACGUAAGCACACAUAGAUACCACUUUUUGUGGGGUAAAUUGUAGGUUACUUAUCACCUACAAACUCCUCUUGCCAGCGAGUGCGAAAGCUUUUCUUCAGUAAUAAUAAUGUCGUAUUAUUCGUAUUGUAAGAUUCACACCCAACUCUUGUUUUUUUAGUAUUCAGGUGAAAUGCAUGCAUCUUAUAAUCUAGAGCAGAGGUGGGGAACCUUUAUUCUGCCAAGGGCCAUUUGGACAUUUAUAACAUCAUUCGUGGGUCAUACGAAAUUAUCAGCUUAAAAAUGAGUGUUAUAUUUGGUCAAACAUUUAAUUAACUCACCCCUAAUGCGAUUGCUGGAACUGCUUCUCUUUGGUGAGGCCUGUGAUGUUAGCUGGUAUUGAAGAUGUUGCUACUCGCAACUGCUUUUCCAGGUUUGUUCCUAGAUUUUUUUGAAUUUCGAGUCACGCCUCUGCGGUUGCCUUGGCAGGGCCAGAGAUCAAAUAAUUUCGCGGGCCUCAUACGGCCCGCGGGCCGGAUGUUCCCCACCCCUGAUCUAGAGGAUACGGUUUGAAUGCCCUUUAAUGAACGAGGAAAGCCUUGCUAAGUCUCUUUUUCGGCGGGGUCCAACUUUAGGAUGUUUGGCCAAUUUCAUCAUUCAGCGUUUAGCAUUCAUUUGAUUUUUUUUUGCGUGGAAUCACUGAUGAAGGCACUCGUGGCAGGGACAGAUGGAUAAUCUGUAUUAUAAAUUUACAUACUUAUUUGAAUUGGGUUUUUUUUUAACGCCACAUUCGGGUGCAUGUACUGCUCGAAUGCAACAUUUAAAAGAGACGUGGUGUGGAAAACUAACUUCUAUUUCAGAUUCUUUCCAAAAUACCUUUACAAAAAUAUCACCUAUGCAAACCAUUUAAAGUUCGUCAUCAAAGACUGAUCAACUGGCAGUAUUAACAUCAAAACCAUUUGACAUUUAAACGUGAUGCCUUACAGUGUUGAUAUCCCUGCUCCUGAGUUGUCUGAUGGGUCGCGUGUGGUUCAAUCACCUUUCACACCUCGUUUACUGCAUGGUGAUGGUAUACACCUGUGAUCCAGUGACUUGGGGGGGUUGGUGGAUCAAGCAUAGAUCAUUAAGUGUGUGGUGCCUGUAAGAGGAAGGACAUCAAGUAUGUUUUGACAGGAUGAUGUAUGUAGAGAGGAGGGUUUUUUUUUUAAUUUUGUCUCACUCAUUAUACACGGCAUUUCUUAGGGUAUUGCAGGUUCUUCCCAUCACCUGAUGAAGCAUGUGAAUAAUACUGAAAAACAUUUAACAUUUUAAACUUGGGUGUGAUAUUGAUUUUUAAACAAUUACUGUA